CGAUAAUGCGGUAUCCUGUAUGAAUUUUGCCACAAUCACGGAGAUGCAUCAAAAACUGAGAAAGGUCUUGGUUUAGUGGCAUCAUUAAUGAAAUGUUGACAAUUGUCAAUGUAUGUUUCACCAGCAUUGAUUAGGUAACACUGUGAGUGCAUGACACAAACAACGGACAAUGGACUACGAGGAACCGUUCGACUAUUAUGACGAUGCCAACCUUUAUGAUGAGGAGGAUUUGGAAAAAAUGAUAGCUGCUUAUGAUGACCUUGAUUAUAAUGAUGAAAUGGAGUAUGCUCGAAUUUCGUUUUUUGAACUGGCAGAAAAUUGUUUGUACCCCACCUUACAACAAACAGUCCACAUGUUGGCUCCAUUGUAUGUGUUGUGUAUCACUACGAGACUGAUCUGUGUGGUAGGAUACUCAGGCACAGAGGAGUCUCUGAUACCCCGAUGGCUGAUCAACCUCUCCAUCAGUAUGGGUGGCCUGUUAGCACUCCACAUGUUUUUCGGAAACAACAUUAUUUACCUGCUCAUCUGUGCUGCGUCUGUGUACGUGAUUCUGCUGAUUACGGCGUGGAGGUUUCAGAACAUGGCUGGCCUUCUGGUGGCAGUGUUUACGUUCCUCUUCAUUGUGAUAUGUGAGUUAUUUGUGGUGGAAGAAAAGACCUGGCACAGUGUCAGAGGUGCACAGAUUAUGCUGUCAAUGAAAGUUAUAGGACUUGGUUUUGACAUUUCAUCUGGAGUUAUUUCCCUUCCAUCAUUCACAGAUUACAUGGCCUACAUCUUCUGUGCAGGAAAUGUCAUCUUUGGGCCAUGGAUAUCCUUUUUAGACUUCAAAAGUAUCUACUCCACAAAUAUAUCAAAAUGUCUUGCUGUAGAUUGGAUGACGAAGGUGAUGAAAUCCAGCUUCUUCUCUGUGCUCUGUCUUUCGUUCUCAACAUGUUUUGGAUCUUGGAUCAUACUGGAUAGCAAUUACAAAUGGAUACGUGCAUACAGAGAUGCUCAGUCCUUUAGAUUUAGUCAUUAUUUUGUGUGUUUUGUCUCAGAAACGACAGCAGCUCUUGCUGGUAUAAACCCCGGUGAGAUUGACUAUGGAGUGACUGUCACUAGACCAUUUUACAUUGAACUGCCGAGGUCUCUAGUGGAUGUUGUUACAAACUGGAAUUUACCCAUGCACAAUUGGUUGAAAAACUAUGUGUUCAAAAUUGCCCGUCCACACGGAACCUUUUUAGCCGUCAUUUUGACAUAUGUAGCUAGCAGUCUACUGCAUGGCCUUAAUUUUCAAUUGGCAGCAGUUCUUUUGUCACUGGGAUUUUAUUCCUAUGUGGAAAUGAUAUUUAGGAAGAAGUUGUCUCAGAUAUUCCAAGCAUGUCUGGAGGCCAGAUCCUGCCGAGAAAACUGCCCCCAUACUUACCAAUAUGAUCAUCCUUACGUGAGGAUCACCAACCUGUGCUUUGGAUGUCUGUCGGUCUUUCACUUAGCCUACCUAGGACUGAUGUUUGACAGCAGCGAGGAGGCGGAAAAGGGGUACAAUAUGUCUCACACACUACAGAAGUGGUCAGACCUAGACUUCCUCAGCCACUGGGUGAUCUUCGGGACUUACAUAUUCCACUUACUGGUGUGAUAAGGCUUAAUUAAUUUACAAUGGUAAUUAAAAACAGGCUGCAGUAUUUGUUUUUUGUAGGUGCUUUUCCUUCCCAUCAUAUUUUAAAUUAACUCUCAAUGUUUGUCAGUAUAUGGGUUGUAUCGCAAAUGUGUUUUGUAUAUAUAUUCUUGUACAUGUACAUGUUUUAGAAAACUACAACAUAGAUGUACAAAUUUCUUCUGAAUAAUUACAACAUGUGCAACAUUUAUGAAUGAAUACCUAUAGAUAGUAUAGUAUAAGAAUAUAUAGUUUUUUUUAAAGUGAUAGAUAGAUGCAUAAAGCUAGGAGAGAGAGAGAGUGAGAGAGAGAAAGAGAGAGAUCAUGCAUUGUAUGCUUGAUAAGCAAAAUAUUUGGAAUUCUUCAUUUCAUUGCUACAUUACAUAUAAGUUUACAAUAUCAUGAUUGUAAGGGAUAAAAAAAUAAAUUGGGAUUCUUCAUUUCAUUGUUACAUUACAUAUAAGUUUACAGUAUCAUGAUUGUAAGGGAUAAAAAAAUAAAUUAGUGUUGUAAUUUUCAGUUGAUCUGAUGUAAUGGUGUAACUGUUAUUGUUUGAAUUAGAGAAAUGUUUCAUAUUUCCAUAUUUCAUGAAUUUUAUUUGUAGAUCAUGUACAUUUACUAUAGCUAGAAUUUCACGAAGCAUUGUGAAUUCAAAGCAUUCCUUCUAAACCCAUAAAACUACAGGGUAUAGUGUGAAUGUUGAAAUUUAAAGUCACAGUCACCUUUAAAUUUCAACGUGCUAGCUUUAAUUUCAUGUCAUAUUUUUUAUGGCCUGUGUCAUUUGUAUGGUGUUUCAAACAGCAUAAUAUACUGAAGAUUUAUAUAUAUAUAUACAUCUAUAUUUACAAGAAAUAAUUACCUAUUUACAUGUAAUUAUACAAUGUGUUUUGAAUUUAUUCACUGUAAAAUCGGUAAAUUCUAGGGGCGGGUCUAAUUUCUGCUCUUUUUACGGUGCAGAGUUGUCCAUGAAUUUAGAUCUUCAACAUAGGAGGUAAAAAAAAUCUUCUGUUGUAAAGAGGGACAACUCUCUGACCAUGAACUUUGACCCUGCAAGUAUGCAAGUUUUUACAGAUCACGAAAUUUUGACCCAACGAAAAUAAGUGUUUCUACAUAACCUAUAGUUAUUAUUUUUCCUCUGCAUGAUAUGUGUAUACUACUGCCAAAAUGUUGAACAAGAGACAGUAUCAAAGCUCUGUAGUUAUACAACAGAGGCAGAUUGAUAUGUUGCAAACAAGAAUUACAUGUUGUUUGAAAUAUAUUAAAAUUGUUUACCAUAGUGUCAGCAGCUGGUUUCUGAACAAAAAGAGAAUUGUUUUUAUAUGAAUAUCACCUUGUGAUAUUGUCAUAUCUGUAUAUUUUGAUAGAUUAAUAUUUAAUAUGUGAUGUACACAGUGGCUUAAUGAUUGGAGGUUGUCAGCACAUGGACUUCUAGUCAAAUUAUAGUAUUGUAAGCUUACAUGUGUGUAUAAAAACGAGUUUUGUUGUGUGUAGUUUGCUUAGCCUGUGUGUAGUGCUGCUGAAUAUUACAACCUAAUGAUAUUGGUGUAAAAGUGUAAGGGGGUUCUGAUAAUGAUAUUUGGUGUAAAAUUAUAUGGGGGUUGGGGUGCAAGGAAACCAUACAGAUGUAGAAAUCUGGACGGCUCUGUGUACGUGUAUUUUGGAUACUGGUAAAUAUACACACACGCCAAUUUCAGAUUUUGACUGUGUAAAUAGAGUGAGAUCCAGCAAUACUGCUUAGUGGUGCUUAACUGUAAAAAUGUUCUCAUGUUACAGUAUAAUUUAAAGUUCAUCCUUUUUUAUAUGCAAUGUAUAUGUAUUUCCAGUCAGAGAAUGUUGGCUUACUUUUUGCAGUGUUUUGUUUUAAUCCUCAUCUUUAUGUCCCAAAUUGAAACAUAUUGUAAUGCCCCUGUAUAUAGGUUUUGGUCAGUCCAUCUGCAUAAACUUUAAGCUCUGCCAUAAGUUUUUAAUGAACGUCAAUUAGGCUAGACUUGUAUAUUUCUUGUGACAAGACCUUUCUUUUGCUACCAAAACUUUUGACCUUGUGACUAUGAUCUAGAUGUUUGACCUACUUUUGAAAAACUUGAAUCCUGGCCAUAACUUUAGAAUACCAGUUGUUUAAUAUAGUGAUAGGACUUUCACGUCCUUCAAUUGUGUGUUCCUUAAUAUAUGACAAGACUUCUUUAGGUAACAAAAUUCUGACCUCUUGACCUUGAUACAGAGUAUGACCUACUUUUGACAAACAUUGACCUUGGUCAUUUUCAACUUUGCUGCCAUACAGGGGCACCAGUGUUUCACAAAAUCUUGAUUUGAUCGGUGCUACUUCCGAAUCGUCCUUUGCCAGACAGCUACAGCAAAACCAGAGCUUAUUCAUGACAUGCACUCCCUGUUUAUAAAGUCCCUUUGAAUGAUACCAAGAAUAAUGAUCUUAUGACCUCGACAUGAUUUGAAUACCAAGGUCAAUUACCUCGAAUUGAAUUAAGAAAAAAUAGCUGUCAUUGGUGAAAGGUAUGUGUCGCAAUAAGUUUGUUUGUAACUCAAGACACUUAAAGACUUAUAACAUGACUAGUGGACUAAUAUUCUGUGAUCAUAACCUAAUGCUCAAUGGUACCGUACUUACAAACAUCAUGGCUGCCAGUCAACCUCGAAAAUUCAUUUCAAAUAGAAUAAGCUCUACUGACUUGUAAAUGAGUUUUAUGGUAAAUGAUAUUUAUGUAAAAGUGUAUACUGUUGACAAUUUCGAUAUGGAUAUGUCGUUUUCAUUGCAGAUUCCUGGAUAAAUAUUUUUUUCUUAUGCUUAUUUUCAUGUUCAUUUCAAUAUGUUAUAAAACACUAGGAAUGUUUCGGUCAUAAUUGUAAAUUAUCAAUUUGGCAGAAUAUAUCACUUUAAGGUGGCUCACUACACCUUGAAAGAGUUUAUUAAAUCAGCUCAAAAUUAUUUAAUCAUGAAAGACAUGAUGAAAUGUAAUAAGUACAUAUGUCAAAAAGGCAAAAAAUAUCCGAAACGGGGGAAAAAACAUGAUUUUUAAACUGGCGGAUUUAAACUCUGGAUGUGCAGGUCAGUAAUCCAAUAUCUUAUCCACUGAGCUGCAUAGAUAUACAAACAGAUUGAUUGAUACAUAUAAUUUCACGAAAACUUUUAAAUCGCCAUCUUGUGACGUACUGUCAUAAAAUGUGCAAGUCUUGAUGUAGUGAGCUACCUUAAUAUUGCAUCUGGGGUUUUUUACAUUUAUUUACUUAAAAUUGAGCUAUUCUCAAAAUAAAUGAGUUAUUUGGCAUACCCUUCUCAGUUCUACAGAAAUGGAAAAACAGAAAAUGUCAGUUUGGUGCAGACAAUAAAUUAUUGCUCUUGUUUCAGUGACAAAAGAACUGAACUGUAAAUUCUACUGAAUCAAGCUCACAUAAGACAUACAGAUGUUUGUUUGGAUCUCAGAUUUUAAUGAUACACAUGUAAUAAAUUAGUUUUCAGUCUGA